AUGAAUGAACAACAAUUACGUCCUAAAAAACCUCGCAAAAUAUUGGGCAACGGAAGUGUUACCGAAUUUUUAAAUUCAUCUAAUAGUCUCAAUAACAAUAAUAGUAACUUAAAUCCGACUUCAAGCCAACAAGUACUGGUCGCAAACUCUGGCAAAAACUCGAACAUAAAUUCCCCCAUAACGACGUUGUCUUCCAUAACACAACAACAGCAACAGCAACAGCAAAUGGAACGUCUUCGUUUGGCUAACAUGAUAAAUCAAGAAAUGCAUGCCCUAUGGCCUUAUGGUCCGGCUACUUUUCUAUCGCCAAUGUUGCCUGCCCCGAAUAUGGCCUUGCCCUAUGCUUUAGCCGGUACUUUGCCGUACGCUGCUGUUCCUAUAUAUGGAGGGCCCCAACAAUGUACACUUACGCCGGUAUCUUCAACUUCAAAUGCCGUAACUCCGACAAAUCAAGCACUGUUGCAUCCUCAGCAUCCGCCUCAAUCACAGCAACAACAGACCACCAUACGUUCAAAUUUGUCUAAUAAUUCAAAUCCCGCCAACAAUCCGAAUAUUAGCAACGAUUCUAAUAAGAUCAACAUUCAGAUUGGAUUGCAAUGUGUUUCACAGAACACGCCAUUGAACUUUAAUACCAUGAACGACACCUUAACUAAGGUGAAUUUAUUGAAUUUCUGUGGUGCAACCAGUCAAACGAGUGACAAAGAUGGUAAAGAAUCUUCAUCAUCCUUGAGGAGUUCCCCUAUAUUAUUGAGUUCAGAUGAAAACUCGAUCAAUGUUGGCAAUGGUGCCGGUGGCGAUGCUACGAAUUCCAAUUCACCAGCUAGUAGUAGCAGCAGUAGCAGUGGCACAGUUACUUUAUCUCAAGCUAAGUUUAACGAAUUGACUCGUCUGGCGUUGCGUGGCAGUGAAAUUGCUGAGAAAUUGGCUUAUAUUCAUCGUAAUCGUCCGUGUUUUAAAAAAAUUGACAGUCUAUGCGCUCGCAUGAAGCAGGAUUUAAUACGUCCUGAUGGAGUCUUGCCUAACAUCAAUUCGCAAGGCAUAGCCUGGGCUGUUAAAGAUUUUAUAUUUGUUUUUACACGUGUUAUAAAUGCUUGGAUUAUUAUAAAAGGGUAUGUGUACAACACACCUGAAGGUUUGAAUAAAGUCAAAGCCGCUCUAAGUCCGGACUUCCCUGCCAGUUUUGCUGCUUGGCAAGACACCACUAUGGAUUUUAUAGAAAAUUUGAUUAAAUCUUUUGUUAAUCUCGAUAACCUAGUACAAUCACAAAAAAAUGCUUAUCAAAAAUCUGAUGGCGCCGCCACCCGCAACGGCAAUAGUACGCCUAUAAAACUAUUGCAGCCGGUCAAUUCUUUGCUCGAUGACUCAUUUGACUUUUUGAAUUCUUCCUCGGAGAAAUCUCAGCAAAAUUCGAUUAACAAAAACUAUCUGUAUACAAUGGUCGAAGAUUCUGAAGGCAGUCAGCGUCAAGCUACUGUUAAUGGUACCUAUUUUAAAACUGGCACUUAUAAUCCCAUUAAGAAGGAAACUUUAUUAGCUAGUCAAACGCCCGGUUCGUCCAAUUCAUCAUCUCCAUCACCUUCUGGCAAUCGUAUACCGACGCCGACGUCGCAUUUGCUGGCUACUAACUCGGCUCUGGAGCAAUAUUUUGAUGAACAAUUAUCCGAAUUUUGGACACCAACUGAAAUAGAUGCAACCGCAGCAGCUGUUGUUACUGCCGCUACCGCUACAACAGAAUACUUGAAAAUCAAAGAGAAAAUUCCGCCCAAUUGGUUGAAUUAUGAUUUACGUGUUUUAGAGCAGAAUCUCACGGAAUUUUCCAACGAUUUUGACCCAAACGGACCGCCAAGGCAACUAAGCAAAGAUCUAAUAGAAAAACUUAAUAUUAUGAUAGAACGUUUAAUGUCCAUGAAAAAUGCAGAUUUAUUUUUUAAAUUUCAAUUCACACAAAACUAUUUUCCCGAUUUCAUAGCCAAGCAUAAAUCUGAUUUCAUGGAUGUGCGUUCGAUCAUAUUAAAAUGUCAAGUUGGUGGCUACCAACAUAUUUAUGAGGUUGUAUACGACGUUAAGAAAAUCAUUUAUUCCGGCAAAGAGUUUUUGAAGAUUAAUAAUGAUGUAAAAUUGCAAAAAUCUAUUACUGCUUUUGAGGCUGAAUUUAAUAAAUUAUUAAGUGAACCACCAUUUGAAAAUUAUCACUUCGAACAUAUCACUGGCGAACCAAAAGAAACGCUUUACAAUUAUCGCAGUAAAUAACCCAAAUCGAGACGUCAAAUAUAUAAUCAACUUAUCGCCUACGGACUGCAAUUUGUAAAUGAGUUAAAUAUCUUAAGCAACUUUCGUCAUCUUUUUCGUAACAUUCGUGGCACAUUUAAGAAAUACUUUUAUUUAAAUUGACCAAACGUUAUCCUACAAACUUUCAAUCGACUCAUUUCCGUAAUUCCCAUUUAGAUUGGCAAAGAAAUGUUUAUAAGUUCGCUAAAUUUAAAAUUUUUCCUUAAUUCUUUUUAGAUUUCGUUCGCCUCUUCCGAGGUUUUAGUUAUUAGAUUUUUUUUUUUUUUAAUAGAUUCAUUAUUUUUCACCUCCAUUUUUCCUAGCCCAUAAUACCUUCCAACUAUCCAGCGCUCAAAAUGUGUUUUAAUAUUUCCAUUUGUUUCAAUUGCCUGGUUUCUUGUCAAUUUUAUAAAUAAUUUAAAAGGGAAAAUUAUUUAAAAAGUAUGCGAAAAAAAAAAUGAAAGAUUCAAAUUAUAAAACUUAUUUAAUACAACUAAGCUUGGAAAUUGUAGAAACUAAUUUACGCUCAAAAUAUAUAUGUUU